AACGUUUUGCCCAGCGCGAGCUCUCAGCCACUGUCGUGGGCUUCCAAAAAACCGCCCGCGCGAAGGGCACGGUGUGGCGCUCGGGGAACCCUGCACUCGGCCCGCGGAGUGCGCACAGCCCAGGCCGCGGCGUGGGGCCGUGCGCCGCAGCAGGGGCGGGUGCAAGGGCCAGGGCGGGACCUUUGCGCCCGGCGCUCUCUCCCGGCUUUAAAGUGAGUUGGCUUCCCGCUAAAUCACAGCUCGCCUUCCAACCGCCUGGGUGACUUUCGCCUUUCGCUCUGCGUCUCCAACUUCACCUGGGCUCGACAUGGACCCCAACUGCUCCUGCGCCACCAGUGACUCCUGCACCUGUGCCGGCUCCUGCAAAUGCAAGGAAUGCAAAUGCACCUCCUGCAAGAAGAGCUGCUGCUCCUGCUGCCCCGUGGGCUGUGCCAAGUGUGCCCAGGGCUGCAUCUGCAAAGGGGCGUCAGGCAAGUGCAACUGCUGUGCCUGAUGCGGGCAGAGCCUGGCCCCUGAUGUAUAUAGAACCCGGCAGACAAGCCUUGAGUACCUCUCCCCCUCCCCCGCGCCAUGGCCACACAAGCCGACUCCUUUGCUACAUUCCUUGUUGUAUGAAGUAUGUGGGUGAUAAUAAAGGCUGUUGACUUUA